CAGGUGUGCAAUGUCAUGGAUCAUAGUCAAAAUAAUUGGCUGAGGACAAACUGGGUCCCCAGGAAUUCAGCUCAGAAGAUUUAUGUGGAGCUCAAGUUCACUCUACGGGACUGCAAUAGCAUUCCACUGGUUUUGGGAACUUGCAAAGAGACAUUCAACCUGUACUACAUGGAGUCGGAUGAUGAUCAUGGGGUCAAAUUCCGAGAGCAUCAGUUUACAAAGAUUGACACCAUCGCAGCUGAUGAAAGUUUCACUCAAAUGGAUCUUGGGGACCGUAUUCUUAAACUCAACACUGAGAUUAGAGAAGUAGGUCCUGUCAACAAAAAGGGAUUUUAUUUGGCUUUUCAAGAUGUUGGUGCUUGUGUUGCCCUGGUGUCUGUGAGAGUGUACUUCAAAAAGUGCCCAUUUACAGUGAAGAAUCUGGCUAUGUUUCCAGACACUGUACCUAUGGACUCCCAGUCCCUGGUGGAGGUCAGAGGUUCUUGCGUCAACAAUUCUAAGGAGGAGGAUCCUCCCAGGAUGUAUUGCAGUACAGAAGGCGAAUGGCUCGUACCCAUUGGCAAGUGCUCCUGCAAUGCUGGCUAUGAAGAAAAAGGUUUCAUGUGCCAAGCUUGUCGACCAGGUUUCUACAAGGCUUUGGACGGUAACAUGAAGUGCGCCAAGUGCCCCCCUCACAGUUCUACUCAGGAAGAUGGUUCAAUGAACUGCAGGUGUGAGAAUAGUUACUUCCGAGCAGACAAAGAUCCUCCAUCCAUGGCUUGUACCCGACCUCCAUCUGCACCAAGAAAUGUUAUCUCUAAUAUAAACGAGACCUCGGUUAUCCUGGACUGGAGUUGGCCCCUGGACACAGGAGGCCGGAAAGAUGUUACCUUCAACAUCAUAUGUAAAAAAUGUGGGUGGAACGUAAAACAGUGUGAGCCAUGCAGCCCAAAUGUCCGCUUCCUCCCUCGACAGUUUGGACUCACCAACACCACGGUGACAGUGACAGACCUCCUGGCACACACUAACUACACCUUUGAGGUUGAUGCCAUUAACGGAGUGUCAGAGAUGAGCUCCCCACCCAGACAGUUUGCUGCAGUGAGCAUUACAACUAAUCAGGCCGCUCCAUCACCUGUCAUGAUGAUUAAGAAAGACCGGACAUCCAGAAACAGCAUCUCUUUAUCCUGGCAAGAACCUGAACACCCUAAUGGGAUCAUAUUGGACUACGAGGUCAAAUACUAUGAAAAGCAGGAACAAGAGACAAGUUAUACCAUUCUGAGGGCAAGAGGCACAAAUGUUACCAUCAGUAGCCUCAAGCCUGACACUACAUAUGUAUUCCAAAUCCGAGCCCGAACAGCAGCUGGAUAUGGGAGCAACAGCCGCAAGUUUGAGUUUGAAACAAGCCCAGACUCCUUCUCCAUCUCCAGUGAAAACAGCCAAGUGGUGAUGAUAGCCAUCUCAGCGGCUGUAGCGAUUAUUCUUCUCACUGUCGUCAUAUAUGUUUUGAUUGGGAGGUUUUGUGGCUAUAACAAGUCAAAACACGGUGCAGAUGAAAAAAGACUUCACUUUGGGAAUGGGCAUUUAAAACUUCCAGGUCUCAGGACUUAUGUUGACCCACAUACAUAUGAAGACCCAACCCAAGCAGUUCAUGAGUUUGCCAGGGAAUUGGAUGCUACCAACAUAUCCAUUGACAAAGUUGUUGGAGCAGGUGAGUUUGGAGAGGUGUGCAGUGGUCGCUUAAAACUUCCUUCAAAGAAAGAGAUUUCAGUGGCCAUCAAGACCCUGAAAGUGGGCUAUACAGAAAAGCAGAGGAGAGACUUCCUGGGAGAAGCAAGCAUUAUGGGACAGUUUGACCAUCCCAAUAUCAUUCGGCUGGAAGGAGUUGUUACUAAAAGUAAGCCAGUUAUGAUUGUCACAGAAUACAUGGAGAAUGGUUCCCUGGACAGUUUCUUACGUAAACAUGAUGCCCAGUUUACAGUUAUCCAGCUGGUGGGGAUGCUUCGAGGGAUAGCAUCUGGCAUGAAGUAUCUCUCAGACAUGGGCUAUGUUCACCGAGACCUUGCUGCUAGGAACAUCUUGAUCAACAGUAAUUUGGUGUGUAAGGUUUCUGAUUUUGGACUUUCACGUGUUCUAGAGGAUGACCCAGAGGCCGCUUAUACAACAAGAGGAGGAAAGAUCCCAAUCCGGUGGACAUCACCAGAAGCUAUAGCUUACCGCAAGUUCACGUCAGCCAGCGAUGUAUGGAGUUAUGGGAUUGUUCUCUGGGAGGUGAUGUCUUAUGGAGAGAGACCAUACUGGGAGAUGUCCAAUCAGGAUGUAAUUAAAGCUGUGGACGAGGGCUAUCGCCUGCCACCUCCCAUGGACUGCCCAGCUGCCUUGUAUCAGCUGAUGCUGGACUGCUGGCAGAAAGACAGAAACAACAGACCCAAGUUUGAGCAGAUUGUCAGCAUUCUGGACAAGCUUAUCCGAAAUCCUGGCAGCCUGAAGAUCAUCACCAGUGCGGCAGCAAGGCCAUCAAACCUUCUUUUGGACCAAAGCAAUGUCGACAUCACUACCUUCCGCACAACAAGUGACUGGCUUAAUGGUGUCCGGACAGCACGCUGCAAGGAAAUCUUCACGGGUGUGGAGUAUAGUUCCUGUGACACCAUAGCCAAGAUUUCCACAGAUGACAUGAAAAAGGUCGGUGUCACCGUGGUUGGACCACAGAAGAAGAUUAUCAGUAGUAUUAAAGCUGUAGAAACACAAUCAAAGAAUGGUCCAGUUCCAGUGUAA